GCACUACCUCAGAUCAGACAUUUACUCAGUGACUUAAGAGAAUUCAUAGUAAAUACUGUAUAUAAGUUUAAAAAAAUUUAAAAUAAGAAAAAAAGAAAAGCAAUGUACUUUAAAGUAGUUUUAUUAGUUUGCUCAUUAGCUUUGGUUAAUAGUGAAGGAGAUAAGGAACUGAAAAUUGAUUAUGUUUACAAACCUGAAGAGUGUUCAUUAAAAUCAAAAAAUGGUGAUACACUAACAAUGCACUACACAGGAACACUUACUGAUGGAAAAAAAUUUGACUCGAGUUAUGACAGAGAUCAACCUUUCACGUUUCAAUUAGGAGCUGGACAAGUAAUAAAAGGAUGGGACCAAGGCUUAGUUGAUAUGUGUAUUGGAGAAAAAAGAAAACUGACUAUUAGCCCAAGCUUAGGAUAUGGUGAUCGUGGAGCAGGCAAUGUCAUUCCAGGCGGAGCUACGCUUUUAUUUGAUGUAGAACUUGUCAAUAUAGGCGACUCUCCACCAACAACAAAUGUGUUUAAAGAGAUUGAUGAAAACAAAGAUAUGCAACUGUCUCGCGAAGAAGUUAGUGGAUAUCUGAAAAAACAAAUGAGUGCAGUAGAAGGUCAAGAUACUGAUGAAAUUAAAAACUUAUUGGCAGAGCACGAUAAAUUAGUCGAAGAAAUUUUCCAACAUGAAGACAAAGAUAAAAAUGGCUUUAUCUCACAUGAUGAGUUUUCUGGUCCAAAGCACGAUGAACUGUAGUUAAAUAAAUUAUCAUGAAAUUACAACAUAUCAUAACAAUGGAAUAAUUGGGAUUUCUUAAUUAUUUACUUGUUUACGUAAGUGCAUCAAUUAUUGUUAGAGUGCAUAACAAAUUAUAGACUUAAUGUA